AUGCCCUCUUCCACCUUCACCGCCAGCGCGGCCCUCCUCUCCCUCCUCGCAACCGCAACCGCCCAGUCAACCGUCGGCUUCGGCCCCGCCUUCUCCCUCGGCCCAACGCAGUCCUGGAUCCGCGAAGCAAACACCACCCUCGUUCUCCCCAAGACCCCGGGCCUCAAGGACCGUCUCGCCCUGUGGCCCGGCAUGGGCACCAGCGGCGGCGAUCUGAUCCAAGCCCUCGCCGUGUCUUUCUCCGACCCGAACGCCAAUUGCGGCGCCAGCGAGGGCCAGUGGUGCACGUGGGCUAGCACGCUGCAGGACGAGCAGCUGGGCGGCACGGAGGUCCCUGCUAAUGCGGGCGAUAAGCUUACCAUGCACUACGUUUACAACGACAGCACGGGCGAGUACGACCAAACCGUCUACAUCAACGGCGAGUCCGUCUCCACGCUUUCGACAUCCUCAGGCCAAGCUCAGGGCUGGGGUACGGCCGUGGAAUGCCAGGAUGACGCAUGCGAGAGCACUACCGUCGCCGCGCAUCGUAUGUCUCUCCCCAUCAAAACAGACAACCCGAUAUUUGAAAUUAACCUGGACGCAGAGUAUCUCGACACAACCAUCAUCCUCAACGCCGAGGACAACACCUUCAAGGACACGCUUGUUCUCACCGAAGCGGACUCAACCGAGUUCAGCUCGUCCGACGGCGGGAAGACCUGGACCGUUGAGACGAUCAACAUCCACGAGCACACCUACAACGUCUAA